AGCCGGCUACGUGAGCUGCUGGUUCGCGAUCGUCUUGCGCCGAAGGCCAACGGUCAGCUCCGCCGUUGCCAAAAUGCAAUCGCUAGAAGAUGAGCGGCAAGCACAAAAAACCGCGCACAGAAUGAACAUCACCCUCAAAUUCUUGCUACCCGAUUCUGCAGCGGGUUCCAUAAUUGGCAAGGGUGGUGCCACUGUAAAUGAGCUCCAAAGCCAAACUGGAUCCAGAAUACAGCUGAGCCGCGCCACCGAGGUAUUUCCGGGAACGAAAGAUCGAAUCGUCACCGUAUAUGGCACUGCCCCUUCUAUUCUCGGAGCUUUUCACCUCAUGAUAUCCAAGCUGGUGCGAGAUGGUGAGGGACUCGUUGGCGGUCGCCCGCAUGUUAAGCUUGUCAUUCCAAACGCCUCAUGCGGGUGUAUAAUUGGAAGAGGUGGCGCGACAAUACGCAAUUUCGCGGACGACAGUCAGGCAGAGAUCAAGCUCAGCUCACAGGAGCACAUGCUCCCAGGUGUCAAUGAGCGUGUGCUCACCAUCACUGGUGCAAACGACAGAGUUCUAAGGGCCAUAGCCCUUGUUGCAACAGCACUAUCACAGGAUGGGUGCUAUGAAGAGCUGAUUUCUCGACCAUCGACGUACACUAUUGAUGGAAUGCCAAUGCCGUACAGCGGCAUAAACAACGAUUUUGCGGCUGCAGUUAACCAUAAUGUUGAGCAUGGGCGGAGUCAAGAUGGUGACGUUAUAUCUGUUGCGAUUGACGUCCCUGAUGAGCAUAUUGGCGCAGUUUUGGGUAAGGGUGGGCGCACAAUAUCUGAGAUCCAGAUAACGAGUGGCAUUCGCAUUAAGGUUUCAGAGCGCGGAGACUACGUAGAAGGUACUAAAAACCGCAGGGUUACUCUCACUGGGGCAGGUGAUAAAGUGCAGAUGGCACGGUUUCUUCUUGAGCAGAAGUUAUGCGCCAGCGCUUCAGUUGAGGAGUCUGUUUUGUAAAAUGCGUCGUUCCUUCUCUGCUGGACGCAGAUAUAACACCUGCCCACGGCUCAUCAUGUGUCUUUCACGAAACUCGUAUCGAGCUCAGGAUGGACGAAUGUUCAUCAAACCACAGCAGCGUGCUUCGACGGCGUUUAACAUCAGAUGUUUUCCACCCCUGCGCCCCAUACCUCCACAUAAAACAGUUAAAAGGGAAGAAAACGAGCCAUCGUGCAUUAUAGAAAGUUUCGGUAUGUUUUGCACUGUUCCUAAAAGGCUUCUCAGUGGAAAUUGAUCUUGCCUCGGCUGCGACGGCCAACUGAUCACGUGUAUCUUUUUCAACGAGGACUGGUCUCAUCAUCAUCCCCCAGAAGUUUCCAAAGAGCGUUCAAAUGAGUGCACGAGUCGCAGAGCAACGCGUUGUCCGGGAGGAAUCUUUUGUUCUGCACGA